ACAAUUUUAAAAGCAAAACUGCAAAAUUAAAUGUGAAAAUGUGAUUUUACCAAAUACUUAACCGCGUUUUUAAAUUGCUAUUUUUUUAAUUGCACUUUUUAAAACUGCUAAAUUAAUCGGACCCUAAAUUUAACAAAAAAAAAAAAACUUCGAAGCUCUUUUUUGGUGUGUGCGGGUGCUGAUCGAGAGAGAGAUUAACAAAGUAAUAUAAAUACACCCCAAGCCUUAACAACAUAAAUCAAUACCCAACUGUUCUUUCUUGCAAUGUUAAUGAAUGAACAAGGAGCCAAAUCCCUCCUCAAUUUUCUGGGCAAAUAGAUGAUGCUCUUUCUAAAAAUAAUUGACCCAGAAAGUGGCCCAAAUAAUUGCAUUAGUGUCGUAGGAUCGUUGCCCAACAAGAAUCAAGAUCCAUGCUUUAGAGUAUUACUACUUACAACAAUGAAAAAGUACAACACGUGGCCUUCAUUCAGCAGUCCUUCAGAAACCUAUUCCACUUCCCCAGACAGCAUAGAGUAUAACUCGAUUACUUUCCCAAAAUCCCCUCUUUAUAAAAAAAAAAAAAAAACCCUGCUAAUUCAUCAUCUCUGUGUUUGUUGGGCAUCGAACUCUUUAACCAAGCAACACAGAAAUCCGAAGUUGAUGGCCAAGGAAUUGCCGGAAGACUUGGUGACAGAGAUUCUGGUAUGGCUUCCGAUCGUCUCUCUACUCCGAUUCAAGUGCGUCUCCAAAUCCUGGUACGCUCUCAUUACUCACCAAAACUUCAUAACAAAACACCUCCAACACAACAACAACAGAAACAUCCUCCUUGAUUUGCACGACAAAAUCACCGAAGAUCCUGUUGUAUCCACUCUUUCUUAUGAAACGCUCCAACUAUCCCAUACACAACCUGCACCGCCAUCGGUUUUUGGGAUCGACAAGGGUAGUAUUUGUAUCGUGGGUUCUUGCAAUGGUCUUGUUUGUCUCCACUACAAGUUAUUACAUAAUUUCAAGGUUGUUAUAUGGAACCCUGCAACUAAAGAAACAAAGGUUGUCCUCAAAUCAAACUUGUCCCGCUUCCCCACCGUAAUUGAUUGUAUCAGAUUUGGUUUUGAUGCCAAAACUGAUGACUACAAGAUAAUCAACCUUCUUUGUCCCUAUGACGAACCUGACUCAAUCCGAAGUGAAAAGAUGAUUCAAAGUGAGGUGUAUAGCUUAGGUGCCGAUUAUUGGAAACAAGGCGAUAGCCCCCUGUGUGGUACUAUUGAUCCUUUUAUCUGUGGCUUGAACACAUACAUCAAUGGGAUGGCUUCUUGGGAGGCACGCGUUGAUGAUUGGGAGGGUGUUUUGUCAUUUGACAUGAGCGACGAGGUAUUCCAAAAAACACAACUGCCCGAUGAUGUUUUGAAUAGUAGUGAGAGACACUUUUUCUUGUUGAAUGAAUCUAUUGCUAUGGCAGUUACUAUCCUGGUUGACGAUGGUAUCUGGGACGGCCACAUGUGGGAGCUUUGCUUUGAUAUAUGGUUGUUGCAUGAAGUUGGUGUUAAGGACUCCUGGACUAAGCUUUUCACUAUUGGACCGUUUAAAGAAAUUGAUCGACCAUUAGGAUUAUGGAAGAAUGAAACCAUGUUCUUGGUAAAAUGGGACAAACAGCUGGUCUUGUAUGACCCCUUGACCAAAGAAAUGAGUAAUCUCCAAAUUGGUUAUGGAGUAACAUGCUGGACAAAUUUGGUUACUUACAUGGAGACCCUAGUUUCUAUCAAGCAUUUGAAGAGCAGGACAGAUGUUGACAAUGACCAUCUUUAUAUUUCAGUUCCAAGUGUGUUUCAAGCAGCAUAGAUGUGCUGAGACAAUAUAUUUUUGCUUCUUGUCAAAUGAUGUUUUGUGAAAUAUUCAUUCUCCUUUGGAGCAAUAGUGAGAGAAUUUGAAGAUUGAAGGAGGUGUACAAGGGUUCUGAACAUGAUCUUUCUUUUUACAUAUCAUGCAGAAUUACUUUUUCAGUCC